AUGAAUAUGUUGGAUGAUGAAGAUGACCAAAGCUUUCACGCUACGCGUGACGGCUACUCCCAUUUGAGCGAUGUCGAAUGGGAUGCGGUUGAACGAAUGGGUUCAACCAUGGGCAUCCAUGCUGUUAGCGUCAUGCUAGAGGCUCUCAAUAGAGAUGCCCAACAUGCUACUAUCGCCAAGUUCAUUCAAAAUGAACUUGACGCAGAACGCGAGAAAGUAGCCUUGCUUCACCAACAAGGUUCUCAACAAGCAGAGUUGUUGAGAGAACAGGGUGCUCAACAAUUUGAACUGUUGAGACAGCAGCAUGCUGCUGCUGGCGGGUCGAUGCACUCGCGUCGACCCGAAACCUUGAAGAUUGACAUCUCCAAGUAUAGGGGGGUCGAAGAAGACUCCCUCUUGAGAUGGUUCGUCGAAUUGGAUGACGCCAUAAGGGCGCGUCGCAUCGACGACGGGGAUAUGCAAGUUGCAUUUGCCCAGUCAAAUCUGGCAGGACGUGCCAAGCCUUGGGCACUGGGGCUCAAGUUGCACGACCCAUAUGCGUUUGGGUCGUUGUAA